ACAAUGUCCGGCACGUUUGACAAACUCCUGGCCAAAGGCAAGGCGAAACUCUCAGAGUUUACAGGCCCGUCCGGCGGCCAUUACCAGCAAGGCUACCCGGGCCAGCAACAACAAGGCUACCCGCCACCUCAAGGCUACCAACAGCAGCCACCGGGCUAUCCUCCACCAAGCCCAGGCCAGUAUUCGGGCAUCCAGUAUCCGCCCCAGUACCCGCCGCAAAACCAGACAUGGGGCCAGCAACAACAGCAAUGGGGCCCGCCCCCUCCGCAGCAGCAGCAAUCCUUCGCACCGCCCCCCAUUCCUCAGGGCAGUAAGCCCCAUACGCCGCAACCUGGCAGUCCUCCGCCCGUACCAGGGAAUCGCCCCCAUUCUGCGCAACCCGCACCCCCGCCCCCGCCCCCGCCCCCGCCUCCGCCACAAAACAUUCCUCCGCCGUAUCAGGAGAGGGUAUACUGGAAGCCAUCAUUCGACGCUUCGACGCCGGUGUCGCAAAACUUCCGCCACGAGAUUGGCGACCAUGGCUGGGGCAACAACGAGAAGCAGAUGUACACGGACGACCCGGCUAACUCGUUCCAUUACGACAACCGCCUCAUAGUGCGUGCAUUGGUCGGCAAUGGCAGCUGGACCUCUGCGCGUUUGACAUCGCACCAAACGCUGUCGCGACCCUGUGGCUACCUGACGGCAACGUGUUUACCUCCUUCUGCACCAGGCAUAUGGCCUGCUUACUGGAUGCUGCCAGCUGAUCCAUUCAAAUGGCCAACCGACGGCGAGAUUGAUAUCGCUGAGAGCUGGAACGCCGAGACGGAAAACCACUCGUGCCUGCACUGGGGCUCAUACACCGGCGAAGAUGCUCAAAAACACCGUGUGGUCAAGACGCAGCUACACGACCUGGCCCGCCAACCACACACAUAUGGCUUCGCAUGGAAAGAAGAAGAGGGCAUACCUGGGUGGAGAGGGCGCAUGAUCUGGUACAUUGAUGGUCGCCCUGUUAUGAAAGGCACUAUCCCAGAGGGCACCCGUCGUAUGGAAGAUUUCAGGAUCCUCAUCAACAUUGCCAUGGGCGGAACAGUCAACCAGGGAAAGCUGCCUGCCGAUGGAUACUACGACUUUGUUGUCAGCGACAUGAAGAUGUGCGAGGAGCCGGAAGGAGGGUGGCAGGCAUUUGAACAUGCCUGGAACUGCACGCCAGAGGGCAAGGCCUUGUAACAGCCACAACUGUCGAUGAUUAAUCGCGUCGAUGCAUUCUCCUGGUUCUAUUUGUCAAGAUCCAUUGUCGGAUAGAUACGUGGUAUCAGCCCUGAUCUACUAGACGAACAAUCAGAUUUCAGCAAGAUUAAU